AUGCUCCAUUACCAUUCUGAAAUCCUUGUGACAAAGGUAGAUGCUCAAGACUAUACUCCCAGUAAUUAGCAUUUUCUCAAUAUGUUAUUGCUGUGAUUUUUUAUAAAGAGAAGUCCAAAAAAUUAAUAUUAUACAGUCACAAACCCUGAAUUAAUUUCUAAGGCCUCUAUUUUUAUUAUUAUUAAUCUGAGAUCGUAAAGGCCUGCUCAAUUACCAGAAUAUCCUCUUGGGAUUUCAUUUUCUUCUUAUCUUCGAAAAGCACAGAAUUAAGGCAAGCACAAUAAUGUAAUGAAUACAGAUUUAAUUCGUUUAGAAAUAUAUAAAUUAUAGAGAUCAAGAUAGCAGAGCCUAAAUACCCAAUCGGCCUUUGAUUGUGAUUUUAUUCUUUUGUAUUGAAUUUAAACCAAUUCUCGUUUCAAGGGGUUUAGAAAUCCCUAUCACAAAUUUGUGUUGUUGUAAGGUUGUUAAAAAAUGGUCCUGGUCUUGCAAAAUGGGCUAUUCAUUCAAAUCUGUGUCUACAAACUCCCACUCAUUUAGCUUUGAUGAUGUUGAGAGAUCAACUUAGGAUAGCUUUUUCUGGGUUUUUUCAAGUGUUUCCAUAUAAGCGAUUGAUAUAUUUAUCGAAAUUAUUAUAGUGUUAUCUUAAUUUUAAUAAUAAUCACUAAAUCAUAUUAUCUUCAGUGAGGCCAAUUAAAUAACAAUAAUUUUCAAUCAAUUUUAUUUCUCAACAAAACCUCGAGCCCUUACUGUUCCUUAUUAGUAAUUAAAGUCUUCUGUAAAUGUGUGA